AUGGAUUCCGAACAGCAGAGCCAGAAACCGGCGAACGCGGAGCAGACCAAGCAGAAACGAUCGCGGACAGGCUGCCUCACGUGCCGAACUCGUCGCCGAAAAUGUGACGAGGCCAGGCCACAAUGCGACAAUUGUAAACAGAAAGGUCUCGAGUGUCGAUAUGCGGCGGCUUUUCAGAUUCUGGGUAAACAUAAUUUUACCCCUGAAGUCACAAAGAAAGUUUCGUACAAAAAUCUAAAGUUUGUUUCAGACACCGGAACGGCAAAAGAAAGUGAAAAAGAUGAAGUCGGGGUGCUCAAUAGUAAAGAAGCAUACAGCUAUCCUCCUGCCGCGGCAGAUACUUCGAAAGAUACUUCGACGCCGAAAGAGGGCGAGCAAUUGAUUGAACUACAUGAGAACGUCAGUCCCUCAGCAGAGCGAUACGAAUAUGCUUUGCAUGGGCUUUUAGCAUUAGGGAAUAGGAAUGGGAAUGGGAAUGGAAACGCAGGGUCGCCAAAGCCCCCAGCGCAAUCUGCGAUAUCUGCAUCUCCAACACAAGACAAUUUACGGGUCGACGAUGUCGAAAAUAUUCUUCCCUCUGGCUCUCUUCUAUCUCCAUCGGCUGGAAGGGUACAGUUUGCCAGUUUCGGAAAAGCUCAAACCUGGGCUUCGGAGCAGCCAGGUGGCUCGAUGAGCAUCUUUGGGUCGUCAGAUCACGACAUUAAUGAACUGCUCAAGCACUAUCGAUAUCGGAUUGCGCCAUGGCUCGAUAUAGCGGACAUGCACCAGUAUUACGGCUGCGAAGUGUUGCAACUGUCACAUGAGUCACUCGCGUUGCGGAUUUCGGUUUUGGCUCUCGCCCAGCAAACAUAUCAAAACAACUUGGCCGGUCAGAAUCUUGACUUCUCCACGAUGAUCAAUCUGGAUCACGAAGACGGCGAAUCCAACGUACAGAGCACACUAGUUGGUGUUUUGAACAUGACGGGGACCGCACUUGCGGAUCUCUCCGCAUUCUGGGUACAAUCCUGUAGUCCCAAUCCCUGGCAAUGCAAUCUAGAGGCACUAAUACCUGAUGUCCGUCAGGGCAAUCCGGAGUCGAAUGUGUACUGGCUGAUGACAAGACUCCAGCUGAGCAUUGCAUUGAUAAACACGUAUCCGAUCAUGAUACCGCUCCCUGGAUGGACAACGUUGGAUUGGAGGUAUUCUGUUCAAGGUGAUGAACAGACACCUUUCUGGUACGCACAUGAAGCAGUGUCGCUCUGCAUCGAUGCCACCACGUUUAGUCGAGACGACGAUAAUAUGUGGCACCGACAACGCUACGGCAAGAGCCGGGCAGAUUCGUGGAGAACCAUUGUUUCAAGAUGUCAAGAUUGGUAUAAGAAUCGUCCGCAGGAGUUUCAGCCCAUCAUCGAAUUGUAUCCCAGUGACGGAAGACUCUCGGACGACGAGUUUCCAACCCUGGUGUUCUCUAAUGGGGCGGCCGUCCUCGCUAAUCAGCUGUACCACACGAGUAUGCUGCUAUUGCUGCAGAAGAAACCGCGUUUCGUCACUCAUGUCCAGCCGCAGUCCGCAACCUUUUCGUCGCUUUGGCAGUCUCACAGGGUUUGCGGAAUCGCCGUAAAUAAUGACCGGUGGGAUUGUUGGGAUCCGUGUCUCAUAGCGUCUUUCCUAGUCGCUGCCAAAACAACAACUCAUCAGAGCCAGCACAGUGUAAUCCUGAACUCGUUGGAAAAGGUCCAGGAAAUGACCGGAUUUCGUAUAGCUCAUCAUGUUGAGAGUCUCAAGCACGAAUGGCAGCAGGUGGUGAAUUGGUGA